CUACCUGGAAACAUUUCAGACUGCUCAGCACCCUGCUGUGUGUGUUUGCUGUUUGGUGAAGAAGAGGAGUUUGUCUCAAAGCUGAAGGCUGAACACUGACCAGACAUGGAAGCUGUAGUUGGACUGGUGGUGAUGCUACUUGCAGUCUCCCAUGGUGUGGAAACCAAAUGUGAUGUUAGACAGAAGGAUGGAGCUCAGUGUUACGGAGCUUUGGGAGGAACUGUGGUCCUGCAGCUGAUGGAUCGGGUGCCAGAAAGAUUUACCAUUGAAAAAAAGACCAUAAAGAUAUUGAUAUGGAAAAAAAAUGAAAUUAGUCAGAAUAUAAAUGAAGUCAAAUACUCCUUUACUUCUAGUGAUGGAACGUUUAGGAUCAAUAACCUGAUAAGAUCUGACACAGAUGAAUAUACACUUAAAAUACGUAAUUCAAAUGGAGCUCUUUUAGAGGUGCGGACUCUACAGUUGUCUAUUCAAGCUCCUGUGUCGUCUGUCCGGCUGGUCUCUGAAUGUCUGUCCCAGGGAGAGAUGAGGAUGUCCUGCUCCUCUGAGGGAGGGGACAGUCCUCAGUACAGCUGGACUCUGGAUGGACGCACACUGACGGAAGACAAACUGCUCUCUGGAAAUCACGAGACUGACAGCAUCACUCUGAGACAGGACGUCUCGGGAGUUCUGCUCUGCUCAGUCAAAAACCACGUCAGUCAUUUACAGAAGUACCAGAGUAUAUCUACCUGUGGCUUCAUCUUCAUUAACUGCACUGAAUCUGAUGAGACACGCAUAACACAGUGGGUGUUUGCAGCCAAUAACAAACUGUGCGUUGAGCAGACAACAACCCCUACGGCCCCAGACACGACUGUGGGUAAGAAGACUGCUGUCACAGUGUCACUUAAACCUUCCAUUAGUAUCACAUCCUCCAAUCAAACUGUGACCUCCUCCUUCAGAGAUGAGCCCUGGUUCAUUAAUCCCUCCGUCAUAUGUGGAGUGCAAACAGCUGUGGCAGCUCUGUUGUUCAUUGGGAUCGCCGCCUAUUUUGCUUGGAGGAAAAAGAAAUCCCAGAGAGCUGAGGGCUCUGCCAUGCCACAAGAGAGGGAGUAUCCAGAGACCUCUGUUUAGAUGGUUGAAAAGAGAAGUUCUGCUCCUGAACCCAAAACUUCCUCAAACCGACAUUUUGUUUCGCCUCUCUUGCUGUAAUGGCUCAUGUUUCUUUGUGGGUGGGAAAAUAACUUCUUAUCGUGUCGACCUCUGCUCACCACAUAAAUGUGCAAAGACAUUUUUAAUGUUUUCAGGGUUUUCAGGUCUGAAAGUCUGUUCAUCGUAAAUCAGAAAAGGUGUCACUGUGUAUAGGGCUUCAUAUUCGCUGUGCAACUGAGUGUGAUGUCAUUUGAAAGUGACUGUUUUACAUGUCAUUUUUACAUAUUAUUGCAUUAAUUAAAACAUUGCAAGCAGCAAUGGGUUGAACAUUUUGAGGAAGUAUAGGAGAAAAAAAGAGGAGGAAGAGGAAAAUGAGCUUUUCAUGAUGCAUUUUGCUUGAAUAGACAUUAACAGAAUUAUUGUACUUAAACCAGGGUUUGAAUUCACAAUCUUAGACCCUGAAAUCCAGUCAUGAUCUUGAUGAGCAACCUGCCAGGGGACAUCACUUCACUCACGAUGGAACUUGACACUGUGACUGAAGGCAGUCUGCAGGGCUGCUGACUACUGCUACUGUGAAAAAAUUCAGUUAUCAAGAUAAAAUGUGUUCAUCUAGACAGUCUAGAGAUGUCUAUGAUUUAUUCUCACAAAGUUUUAUUCAUGAACACAGCCGCCCGGCCCCUAAAUAAUCAUUCCAUCAUACAUCUGGUUCUACUUCAAGAGGCUUUUCAGAAAGUGUCUCUCUACUGUGUGUGCAAAUACAGUAUCACAAAUCUGGGGCCAGACCUUGAACCAAACGAAAAUUGUCAUUUCUGUGGAUUACGGAAUCAUUAGUUCUCAAUCAGGGGCCCCCCCUCUAUCAGCUCAGGUCCCCUGGCAUAGGCCUGCAUUGUCUAUGUUGUUGCUAUUCCCCGAGUUGCCAAUGGAGGGCGACAUCACAUUAUGACAAAGGGAGGGAGAGAGAGAGAGAGAGAGAGAGAGAGAGAGAGAGAGAGAGAGAGAGAGAGAGAGAGAGAGAGAGAGAGACCAGAAGAUGACAUGAUAAAUUUAACAAUUGAGCUUCAAAGCUUUAACAUUACGUGACUUUUUAGAUUAAACAGCUCAGUGUGAAGAUACAUACUUGAGAACCUUCAGUGUGUAUUUCCAUGGAAACUGUGGAGGAGAAGUUAUAAGUUGAGGUGAACUUGUGCAUCUGUUCUAAACCUCCCAGUUUGGAAUGGUUUGUUCUCUUGUCCUGUGUUAAUGCUCUGGAAUUAUUCUCUGUCCUUAGUGAGUCCUCAUCACACAGUUCUGCAAUAUUCUGUCACUUUUUAUUGUUUGUGUGCAGAGCUUUUUAUAAACAGUCAAUGAUGCAGAGUGAAAGUAGAAAUCUCUGUGUUCAUCCUGACUAGUUUUUUUUGCAGUGGAGAUUUUAUUGACAAUGUCUUUCAUCAAAUGAAAGUGAAUUUCUUUUAUUAGCGUUCACGUAUGUGGGUUUUAUAAAGGUUUGAAUUAUUUACUUAGCUGGUGGUUUUUUUGUUCAUACUUUACAUCUUGGUUAUUUCAGGGGUCUGUUAAUAAAUUGACGCAAUCUUCAGUCCCAACAUUUCAAAAAUAAAAGCUCUGCAUUUCAGCUCGAUAUAAAGCAUUCCAGCAACAAAAUAAAUGACAUGCUUUUACUUUGCAGAGAAUGUAUUCAAGAGGAAGUGAUUCGAUGAAUGUUGUUGCCAUGACGGAGCUCAGGACCUAUGACACCUGGAAUAUCUGUGUCAGUCUGAUGUGUUGAAAUAAAAGUAAUCUGAUUAUCAAAA